GUUACCUGCUUUUUUUUUUUUUUUAACCUGCUCGAUGUCUCUUAAACCAAACCUUCUUCAUAUAUACGAUCCUCCGCUUACUCUUCCUCUUCCUAUUUUUUUUUUUUUUUUUUUUUUUUCAUAUAGUGCUUGAGAAAGAUCCAGAGACAGAGAGAGACAGAGAGAGCGAGAGGGAAAGGGUAUGGCAGGUUUGCAAAGAUCUGCGGUUUCGUUUAGGAGACAAGGUUCAUCAGGGCUUGUAUGGGAAGACAGAUUUUUGUCGGGGGAGCUCAACCAAAAAGAAGACCGCGGACAAGCUGGACAAGAAGCACAACAAGAGCUAGAGAUCAAGCCCGAUAUCAAAGAUAUCAAGACAUCAAGAACCGUCGGAGCAACCAACACCAUCGAGCGCAGCCGUUCGAACGGUGGAGCACGCGGAUACCGAACCGGAAAGGUGUCCCCGGCGAUCGAGCCACCUUCGCCUAAGGUCUCUGCGUGUGGGUUUUGCAGUGCUUUCGGAAAGACGGGGAAAAAGGGCACUAGAAGGACAAAGCCGGCUGUUAAGCAUAGAUCAAGGUAAUUCGGUGUUUACCGGUGACCGGAGGCGGGAUAUUCCGGUCUUCGUGGAGUAAUAUGCAGGUUCUUUAAUAGUAUUCACGGUAUAUGUUUUUCGUUAAUUUCUAGCUCGGUAGGGGUUAAGUUCAUCUCAUGAUCAAUAUAGGUGAGACGUAAGAGUUUUGGAAACCAAAAGAUUUAGACAGACGGACGAAUUCAGCAUGCUUUGGCCGGUUCUAAAUUGCAUGUUACUUAUCUGUUGUCAUGUUUGAUGUUUUAUUUCUCUUAGAUCCUGGAGAUGGAUGUAGUUAUUUGUAUAUAUUUGGUGCC